AUGGCGGCAGCCCGCAGGGCCUUCAUUUUCUUUAGCAUCCUCUUCCUGGCAGAUGCCAUGUUCAAGAAGGGUGCGAAGCAGCUGGUGUCUUUGCAGGAAGAAAGCGCGCGAUCGCAAUCUGCGGGCCGGAAACUCCUGGCCUCUGGAAGCGACCUUCGUAGCUUCGGUAGGGGAUCCGGAAAUCGAAAAGCGACAGGAGCCCCAGCGACGUCAGCACUGCUAGCUGCCCAGCCCUUGAAGUGGAUGCAUACGUCGAAGUGUGGGACGUCUUUCCUGAAUGUAUUGAUCCACCUCCCUGAUGUGUGCCCAGGAGUAGACGACUCUUUCCAAGUGAACACAGAAGUAUUGGGUGACUUGUUCGAGAUCAACUUCGAGGGUCUUUGCCCUCAUGUCUGCGAUGGAAGGAAGUUCUUGUGCAACACCGAUUUGCAGGGAAUGCCGAAGUAUGCGCACGUGGGCGUGGGACACCAGUAUGAGUUCCUCAAAGGUCACCUUGUGACAAUGCUGCGCGAUCCGAUCCAGCGCAUCUUUUCUGCUUACACCGACCCAAAUUGGCCACAUGGGGCGGAGGACCAAGACAUCGUUAGCUACGCACGAUCAGAGGCGCAUGCCAUGACAUGUCAGAUCAUGGUAGAUGGAGAUUUUGAUCCACCUCCAGCAUCCUGCGGAGAUAUGAAGGAAACGGACGCAGAAGAAGCAGUGACUAGACUUCGUGAAGGCUUCGCCUUUGUCGGGCUCGUGGAGGAAUGGGACCUCUCCAUCUGCCUCCUCCACCGUAUGUUCGGAGGCGAUUGCCUCUCCUCGGACUUCACGGAUGUCCGGCCCACAUUUCCCGGAGAUUCAAAGAGCCACGACUACGACACCUCUGUGCUCGAAGGCUACGAUGACCCGGUCGACCGAAUGCUGUACAACGGAGCAAAGCAGCUCUUCAAAGAGAGGCUACUGGCAUACAACGUGUCUCAAGAGUCGUGUCAGCCGUGUUUUGCAGCAAAAUUGAAGAGCGCCUGA